GUUUAUGUAAAUAAGCUAGUUUUGUCAUUAUAAAAUUAAGAGGUUCGGCAUUAAGUUCAAUGUGUGCUGUUUUGAGACAGGAUGGCAGCCAAAAUGGGUUCUGCACUGACUGCGAUAAUUCUUCUUGCACUGUGUACUGCAACCUUUGAAGAAGAAAUCUUUAACAGUCAUAUGUUAGAUGAAGAGACCAGACUCACCAGAUCCCAUGUAACAACACCUUCAAAAGGGUAUCCCAAGGAUUGCAGCGGUGUUAAAGGUACAAGUGGAAUUUACGUGAUCCAGCCAAAGCGAUCUCCCCCUAUUGUGGUUUAUUGUGACAUGACUACAGAGGGUGGUGGAUGGACCAUGAUUCAAAGGAACACCCGUUAUUCUAAAAUUACCUGGAACGAAUAUUGGACUGCUUAUAAGUUUGGCUUUGGUAAUAUCCUUAAGGAUCACUGGUUGGGAAAUGAACAUGUAUACAAUAUUAUAAAUCAGGGGAUUUACCAAAUAAAGUUCUUGCUGAAGUCUUCAAAUUCAGUUACUUUUAAUGCUGAUUAUGAUUCAUUUUCUAUGGCGAAUGAAGCAAAUGGUUACCAAUUGCAUCUUGGUAGAUAUUCAGGAAAUGCAACCAAUGCCUUGAUGCAAUAUGGAAACAACUUUGUACAUGAUAACAUGAAGUUCACAACAGCUGACCGAGAUCAGGAUCUGGCAAGUUAUAACUGUGCAGCAUCCAUCAGAGGAGGCUUUUGGUUCAAUAACUGUUACAGGGUAAACCUGAAUUCAAAAACUUCUAUAUACUGGUACAAGAUUUGCUAUGGCAAUUGCAAAUCUUCUCAGAUUCUGAUCAGGCCAAGUAAAUUGUGUUUGUGAAAAUAUUAGUGUUAUAGUUCAGUGCUUAGAGCUAUCCUUCAGCUUCAGCGAGGAUAUAGUGUCUUUGUAGGCAUCAAUCAUACUCUGCAUAUCACUAAAGCAUCUUUAGCAUAGCUAAGAAAUAAAAAAAAAUUAAGCAUUGAUUUUUUUUCUUCUGUAUUGAGACUUUACCCUAAAUUUCUGCUUUGGAAAAGAUUUCUGAUUCUGGGAAUUGAAUUUGUUUGAGAGGCAGCUAUGCAGAAGGAAAAACUCUCCAAGUUUGUGAACGAUCACUUAGCUGUCACUACACUAUUCAAAAGAAUGAAAAUCAUUAAAUUAAACCAGGUUCAGAAGGUUAUUGUAACAGUCUGGAUCUUAAUUUCCUUACUGCAUUUAUAGCAACAUUCACCUGAUUUGAUUCAUUCAAUGAGCGACAUCAUUUUGUGACAUUUGUUUGACAGUGAUUAUCAUCCUGGAUACAAAUUACAGGCAAAAACAGAUUCUAUAUUGAAAAUAAAAUGACAAAUGAAAAUGUAAUAAAAGGAAUUUACUGAU